AUGAAUAGGCUUGCGUACAGUACCACAUGGUCGGCUUCGUUGGAGUUCUCUACACUUACCCCCCUCAACGUGUACGAACAUGGAGAGCAUCCAGGUUGGUCGGACAUGCUCUCUUAUGCGCCUCUUUUAAAUCCACCCCUACGCGAGCAAAUGCCGGUUAAGCCCGUGCGCUGUGGCCAGGCUUCUCUUCUCUACGGUGGUGGAGCAAAUAGAGUUAAAAGCUACCGAUCAGCCAAUCGGAAUGGUGCGGUGUACAGCAGCAGGACUCGCCUGCCACAAGUGCCCUGCACAACUGAGUAA